AUGCGAAAGCGAAGUGCAAAGAAGACGACAAGUGUUAAAGCUGUGAAACCUAAAGUGGAUUGGAGAAGACCGAAAGCUACAAAGGGUGGUUCCUUUUGUAGUGAGUCGCAACAAGAUUUAGAAGAAUAUGCCAAUAAUCUUGAAUUUGAGGUGAAUGAGUUAUAUCACUUAUUGGACCGGGAGACGUCAGGUCGACAGAAGUUGGAAGAUUCUGUUGAUCAUUUAACGAAGAUGUGUUGUAUGCAAGAACGGGCACUGGUGGAAUUGAAACGGGAUGUUCGUCGAUUGAGAGCAAUGCCCGACAAAAUCGAUGUUGCAUUAGAUUGGGUUGUUCGUGGUGUGGCCUUGGUGCAAGAACAUCUUCAGGGGCAGCAUCAAGAGAUGUCAACAGAAGACAAUGAAGACGACAACUGUUCGUCGCAUUAG